AGUGUGUUUACGCAUCUCAGAGUCCAAAGUGUGCAGCUCGCCUCCACUUGGCUGCCUUGUCUUUGGCACGGACCUGCAGACAUGAACCUCUUCUGCUUCACGCUGGAGGGCUCCACAGAAAGCAUAUACGAACCACCGCACAGCCAAACACUCGUCCAGGACGUCCAUCCCAAGUACCAGUGCAGCCCUUCUCUCCACACGUGGAAGACUGAAUGGGGCGGCUCAGAUCCAUCCCUCCAUUCUGACCGACCACAGAGUACAGUAAAAGUAAAGAAGAAUAACAGAAGGUCAUGUGUGCCAACAUCACCCUUGGACAAUGAAACAUUAGACAUUCAUUAUACCUGCUGUAUGUCAUCAAGAGAAAAGAAGGACUUCUCUCAACAAAUGAAAGAGAUGUGUAAAGGCCCGUGUCAGAGCAGCAUGUGGACAAGAGAUGACAGAGUGACGGAGACACAGACCCAUCUACAGGCUGAGGGCACUGAAACUGCAGCUGACACAGCAGAAUCCAUACACACCACGGGAAGACUAAAGAAGUUACAGAACCUGGUGCAAACAAAGACGGGACAUCAGGGUGGAGCUGGAGGAGGCAAGAGGACCUCCGAGAAUAACGGUGAGGGCCACGUUCCUCAACCUGCUCAGGAAGCUGCACUCAGAUCGGAUUUGUUGAGGAGCAACAAUCCAGUGCUAACGUGCAUCGGCCUGGGGAGGAGAACAGAGAAGAAGCCCUCUGAAACGGCCCCAUCACCACAGCAGCAACAACAGGCCAAAGAUGGCCGUAAAGAUUCAGAAGAGGAAGGAGUUUGGGGCCCGCGGCUUGGAAAUUAUCGGUGGAACCCGUUCGAGUGUCCGCAGCCCUGGACUCCCUUCUACCACACAUGUCACCAACCUGGACAUGAACUGUCGGGGUAUGGCGGCACCUGGUCGCCUCCCCGGACCACAGAAUGGGAUCGCUUUGAGAGUUUGAUACAGGAGCUGGACAGCAAACAGCCUGAUCUGUCUCCUAAACAAAUGAUGCGCUCCAACACAGAUCUGCAGCUCUCACAGAACACAUUGACCAGAUUUGGGAGAUUAGAAGCCUGCAGACAGCCCUUGCCUUUGAUGAAGCCACAGGAUAAUGGAAGCGCUCCGACUGGAAACACACAGAAAGACGAAGCAGAGAAGAGGGAAGUUGGUGGAGGGCGACCCUUUAGUAAAGGACACAGGCGGUCCAGUAACUCUCUGGAAAGCCUCUACAGCCUCCACAGUGGACAAAGCUCCUCAAGUGGAGUCACCAGUGGGUCGGACUUCUCCAGUAACAGAGACAGUCUCAGGCUGGAGGACGAUCUAUUGUCAAGAAGACAGUUCUGUGGCAGAGCUAAAGUCCAUACAGACUUUGUGCCAAGUCCAUAUGACACAGAAUCCCUCAAACUCAAGGUGGGAGAUGUGAUUGACAUAAUCGCCAAGCCCCCCAUGGGAAUAUGGACAGGCAUGCUUAACGGCAGAGUGGGAAAUUUCAAGUUCAUUUAUGUGGAUGUGCUAACAGAGAAGAGUCCUGACACACACAGGAAGACACAAACCCACAGAGUGAAACACAAAUCAACUGCCAAGGAAGUUUUAAAGCGCCUCAGUUUGGAGGAGCAUUUCUCGUCCUUACAGCUGAACGGCUACCAAACAGUAGAUGACUUGAUGAGGCUGAGGGAGCACCACCUGACGGAGCUGAAUGUGACUGAUCCAGAGCACAGGCAUCGCCUGCUCGACGCUGUCGACUCCCUGCAGCAAAUGCGCUCUAAUCGUCAGUUGGAGAAUGAGGCCAAUCAGGAGGCCGAGACCCCCAGCGAGAACACAAAGGCAGAUAUGAACAACUGCCUAAGAGACUCCGGCUGCCACAUGCCAUCUGACAGCCCCGACAACAGCGCGGAGGACACAGACCUUCACUUUCUCUCUGAAUCCCCUCUACCAGCUCAGACGGCAGCUUCAUGA